AUGGAUGCCACUUUGACGGGGGUGCUCCGCGGGUCGGUGGAAAGGAACGCUCGGCGCAAGCGAUGGCUGUCCAUGAUACAUAAGCUCCCACGAGAGGAGGGGCUGAACCAUGUGGAGGAGUACUCACUUGGAUUGCAAAAGAGCGCUCGUUUCAUCACGUUUGUGCGAGCUCAUGGAAUUCACGACGUGGACGAGCAAGAAGACCUCGCCGAAGGCUUGGGCGACGUGCUGCCCAUCGAUAUGCACCGAAAGAUGUUCAUCCCAGCAUUAUAUCUGUCCAUGACCCCAGAACAGCUGCAAACGUGGCUUCCUUUGGCCUUGUCGUACAGAAUACUAGGAGCGUAUGCCCAAACCGAACUCGGACACGGAUCAAACGUCCAAGGCAUUGAAACUACUGCUACGUAUGACGCAUCUUCCCACACAUUUGUCCUGCAUUCGCCAACGUUGACCAGUCGAAAGUGGUGGCCGGGUGGGAUGGGAAAGACAGCCAACUUUGCCGUCGUUUACGCUCGGCUACUGUCCAAGGCAGUCGACUUUGGAGUCCACGCAUUCCUUGUGCAGCUGCGUGAUCUGGCAACCCAUCAAUCGCUUCCAGGAAUUUCGCUGGGCGAUAUCGGGCCCAAGGUGGCUUUCAACAUGGUCGACAACGGAUACUGCGUGUUUGACCACGUCCACGUGCCUGCGUCCCAGCUGUGCUUGGCCACUGCACGGGUGCGUUGGCAACGUCGGGUCGACGGCCGCUUCGACCUCAUUCCAUUCCUGGGAACGCCAUCCGAUACCAAAUGGACGUACAUGCCCAUGGUAAAAACCCGCGUCUUUUUGGUGGCCAAGUGCGCUCGAUUCCUCGGUCGUGCCAUCGCGUUCUCGUCAGAGAACCCCACGGCGUCGCUCUUGCCACACGCUGGACUGGCCUUCGCCGCCGCUUUCGCUGGACACCAACUCCUCCAAUCCUAUCAGGUCGUGAUGGCAAAACGCGCGCAGCGAUCCGCUCACCAAACCUGCAGUGAUCAGGAGGAGCUUUCCGCCCUCGCUGCGCAACUGCAUGCCACGUCCAGCGGGUUGAAAGCGUUUGUGGCGUCCGAUGUCGUCGACGGCAUUGAAUGUUGCAUGCAGAACGUUCCUAGCUCGUUCUUGACGCGGUUGCGAUGCGACAUUGUGGGGGCGUCGACGUAUGAAGGGACGUUCGAUGUGCUGGUGCAGCAACACGCAGCCUUCCUCGUCAAGACACGAAAAGGCGAGCAGAGAGAGCACCUCGACUUACCACGAAGCAAAGAUUGGAAGUCGCUGGAUACGUUGGUCAGGUCGUUUCACAUUCGAGCGCAGGAAAUGCUGCAGGCCUACGGCGCCACGUCACGACUGUCUAUGGCACGCGCCACGAGAUUGUCGGUGGUUCAUUCGGAAGCGGCACUGCUACAAGCCAUGCACGAUCUCAUCAUGAGGGUGCAGUCGCCCGAGGCAGCGGCGUCGCUGACGAGGCUGGGGCGUGCGAUGGCAUAUCGAUGGAUGGCGAAAGGUCUGCACGAGUUCCGAUGGAACGGAUGGCUGUCGUCCUCCGACGGACACGACAUUAUUCACCACCUGAUCGAUCCAACGCCACGGGAAUGUCGAGAAUGGUUGGCUGUCAUGGCGAGUUGGGACUUUACGCAGGACGAAGUUCCAGUGACGGGUUUACUCGAAGGAAAACUGUAACGCAAUUAAUGCGACUGCAGUCGCAGGAUCUGCCAGAGCA